CAUCUCUCUUCAUCUUUCAAUACCUCAAAUAUCUAUUCCCAAAUAACUCGAGUUAUUAAAAAAAUAAAAAAAAAAUAAAAAAAUACUUACCUGCCUAGCACCUAAUAUAACAUUACUGGCUCGUUUACUGUUUAAAAUGACUUCUCAAGAUAUCAUAAAUGCUACCUCAGAUGUGGGAGGCUCGUCAUGGUCCUUCGAUGUAUCUUCCUUCCUUGUCUUGUUAGGGGAGCACGAGGAAGUCAAAUUUCGUCACAUGCGCCGCUCGCUGCUCGAGUGUUUCUGUUCCGUCCCCGUUGCAGGUCUACAGUCUUAUCUUAAGAAGCCAGACAGCGUCUUCAAUGCGACCGGUUUACAAUAUACAAGUCCCUAUGGCAGUAAGACUGCGCUUUUGAGGAACAUGAAAUUGAAUUACUGCCUGGAGUCUAAGGAAUUGCUUAACGAUGGCAAUUACGCUGUUUUUUCCAUACCUCAUGAUGGCGAAGGCCAGGGCGCCCAGAAGAGCAUCUUUCCUCUCGAUCUCGCCACGGCCUGCCUGAGUUUGUUAAGUUGGGUUAGUACUGCGGGUAUAAUUACAUUCCUUUGUCUCUACGAAGGAGCAAGUUGGAUUGGCCUCGCAGGCUGUUUGAUUCUUUCAAUUUACUCGAUUAUUCUGAAAGUUGCGGAGAGAAUAUAUGCCCAGCCAGCCGAUUUAGUCACUAGCGGCGUAGACGACAUAGAUGCCAUAUACAUUCUCGGUCGUCGGAAUUCCUGUUUUGUGCUCGAAGGGAGCCGAGGGGACAUUGCGAGGAUGACAGGUCAAGGGCUACGCAUGCGUAAGGACAAGUUCGCUACUGCGACUGCAAAUUUCACCCGGGUUGGAACGUUCUGCGUCCUUGUAUUCAUCUUCGCUGUGAUACCCAACGGUACAACUUGGGACCAACUAGCUUUCGUGGCUUUGAACGUCCUGGGUCAACUGAACGUGGUUGUCGGGCAGAAGCUGAAUACCGCGAGAUUCUUUCGAAAAUUGCGACUCGUCGAACAUAACGAGAAUAUCGCCAGCCGUACACAUGUUUAUGCAAAUCUUAUCCGAAGGUUCGGAAACGGAUCAUGGGUCGACGAGGUUGAUUUGUUGCCCCGGACAGGAUUGUGGCAGGAAUGGAGAAGAGCGAUAGUUAACGAGCCUCACAAGGAUGCAAAACUCUUGUAUGACCAGUGCAAACACCGCAAAUCGAACAAGUCAGGAGGGGAAGAGGAUCCAAGCAAGGAAACCGUGGAGAAGCAGAAAGCUACCUCGACCGGAAUAGAAGUACGUAGAUAGCCAUGUCAUUGAAUACCUUACCUAGAUCCUAUAUAGUAUUUAGUCCUGCUCAGUCCUGCUUGUACAUCUCUAAAAUUGCGCUUAAAUGGUCAUCAUCAAGCGGCUGCUUCCUCCGGGUUGCCAACAUUUUGGCCAGCUUUACCACAUUUUUGAUCUGUCUCCCGUUCAUGUCAUGAGAAGCAAGACCACGUAAUCUACUCUCACCCUGGGCCUCAUCCUGGAAAUAUGCCUCUUUCCCGAUAAAGUUCUUCCAUACACUCAAUCGAGAAUCUUUCGAAAGUUGGCUGAAAGGAAUUGUCAAGUCUAUCCUCGAUUGGAACGCGACGUCGAUACUA